GAAGGUUUUAAAAUCAAGUAAGUAGGAGGCUGUUUUUCCAGUGGCAGAAAUGAGGAAGUCAGGAGUAAAGAUUAGGUUUCUGCUGUGAUAAAUUGAACCUGUUAGAUGCUAUGACUUUUACAUUUCGUAACUGUAGGUUAAACCGGUUAUGUCACUCAUUAGAUAGCUCUGUAUUUGUUUGAAAAGUACAAGAGUCCCUCCUACUGGACUUUGAUCUAGCAGAAACAACUUACCUAACAACCUCAGACCAUCACUGGAACACCUGCAUGAAGAACGUUCUUUAGUUUAUUUAAAUGGUUUUGCAUAUGUAAUUUAUUUAAGCCUUCAGAAUGAUUAGAAAACUUUUUAUGGUCCUGCUGUUGUCGUCUGUGACUCUUGGGGAAGCAAGGAAAUCGUUUCUCAGUUUUCUGAACAUAGAAAAGACUGAAAUACUAUUUUUCACAAAGACUGAAGAAACUAUCAUUGUAAGGUCAAGUUACAGAGAUAAACAGCCAAACUCCAGCUACCUCUUUGUGCAACUGGAAAAUCCUAAAACGCUCCAAGUGGUGAGUGUGACUAAGACCUUAUCAGAUGUUACCAACUUUACCAUAAACCUGGUGACUGAUGAAGAUGGGGAGACAAAUCUGACCAUUCAAUUGUGGGAUUCUGAAGGUAGGCAAGAAAGACUCAUUGAAGAAAUAAAGAAUGUCAAAGUCAGAGUGCUCAAACAAAGACAAGACAGUCUUUUCCAGACAUCAAACCUUAUUGAUAGAAAUAUCCUUAUGCUUUUUCUACCCAUGGUACUGUUAAAUAAAUGUGCGUUUGGUUGUAAGAUUGAAUUACAGGUGUUUCAAACAAUAUGGAAGAGACCUUUGCCAGUAAUUCUUGGGGCAGUUAUACAGUUUUUUCUUAUGCCAUUUUGUGGAUUCCUUUUGACGCAGAUUUUGGCAUUGCCUGAGGCACAGGCCUUUGGAUUUGUAAUGACCUGUACCUGCCCAGGAGGGGGUGGGGGCUAUCUGUUUGCCCUGCUUCUAGAAGGAGAUGUCACUUUGGCCAUUUUGAUGACUUGCACAUCAACGUUAUUGGCCCUGAUAAUGAUGCCUGCCAAUUCGUACAUAUAUAGUAGGAUGUUAGGGUUAUCAGGUACUUUGCAUAUUCCUGUUUCUAAAAUUAUGUCAACACUCCUUUUCAUACUUACACCUGUAUCAGUGGGAAUAAUCAUCAAGCGUAGACUACCUGAAAAAGCAAACUUCCUGGAGAGGAUCAUUAGACCUCUGAGUUUUAUUCUAAUGUUUGUAGGGAUUUAUUUGACUUUCAGAAUGGGAUUAAUGUUUCUAAAACCAGUGAACCUAGAGGUGCUUCUGUUGGGUGUCUUAGUUCCUGCUUUGGGUUUGUCGUUUGGGUACUUUUUUGCUAAAAUUUCUAUGCUGCCUCUUCCUGUUUGUAAAACUGUUGCUAUCGAAGGUGGGGUACUGAAUAGUUUCUUAGCCCUUGCUAUUAUUCAGCUUUCUUUUUCACAGUCCAAUGCAGACUUGGCUUCUGUGGCUCCUUUCACAGUGGCCCUGUGUUCUGGAUGUGAAAUUUUACUGAUCCUUCUGUUCUACAAGGCUAAGAAAAGAUGUAUCCUCAUCAUAGAAGAGAAAAGAAAGAAAAAUCCCCCGGUCUAACAGUUAAAGCUUUACUGAAUUUUCCUACUCUGAAUGAGGUACUGUGGGAGAUUCAAAGAAUAUCUGAAAUGAUGCCUGCUUUCAACUCACUUGUGAUCUGAUUGAAAACUUGACAUUAGGGGAGAAAUAUAUACAUACAUAUAAUCAUAUGUGCUAAACACCCAAUGAAUAGUACAGACAGUUAAAUGUACAGGAAUUCAGAGGAAGGAGACUACUUUU